CUUGCAUCAAAUUCUCACACUUUUUUUUUUUUUUUUCAAUAUUUUUCUUCUCAAGCUUCGUUUUCCCAUUUAUUCUUUGUGUAGAUGAAAUAAAGAAACUUUCACAACAAAAAAAAACACAUUUAUUUCUUACCGCACUUUCCCUUUUGCCAACCCAAAAGCCCUUAUCUCUUUCUCCAAACAUUCCUCAUUUUCGAUUCAAGCAAUGAUUUUGGGUGCUUAGUGUUCAACGUUGAUUAAUAUGAUUCCUUGGGGUGGCCUCAGUUGUUGUUUGAGUGCUGCUGCUCUUUACCUUCUCGGCAGAAGCAGUGGCAGGGAUGCAGAAAUUCUUAAAUCCGUAACCCGUGUCAAUCAGUUGAAGGAACUAGCUCAACUGUUAGAUGCGGAAAUAUUACCGUUGCUUGUUACAAUUUCUGGAAGAGUGGGCUCUGAAACCCCAGUUAACUGUGAGUUCAGUGGUUUAAGAGGUGUAAUAGUUGAAGAAACGGCAGAGCAGCAUUUUCUUAAACACAACGAUGCUGGUUCCUGGAUACAAGAUUCUGCUUUAGUGCUAUCCAUGAGUAAAGAGGUUCCUUGGUAUCUGGAUGAUGGGACUGAUCAUGUGCAUGUAGUUGGAGCUCGGGGUGCCACUGGUUUUGUAUUACCUGUUGGAAGUGAGGCAUUUGAAGAAUCAGGUCGGUCACUUGUACGUGGAACAUUGGAUUAUCUCCAGGGUCUCAAGAUGCUUGGAGUUAAGAGAAUUGAACGGGUACUUCCAGUUGGAACUUCCUUGACUGUCGUUGGUGAGGCUGCUAAAGAUGAUGUUGGGACCGUUCGAAUUCAGCGACCCCACAAAGGGCCAUUUUAUGUCUCUCCCAAAACGAUUGAUCAACUCAUUGCAAAUCUCGGGAAAUGGGCAAGGUGGUAUAAGUAUGCUUCUGCGGGUUUGACAGUGUUUGGCGCUUAUCUAAUAGCCAAGCAUGCUAUUCGAUACAUCUUGGAAAGACGGCGCCGCAUCGAAAUGCAAAAAAGGGUUCUUGCUGCAGCUGCUAAGAGGUCAGGACAAGAUAAUGAAGAAAUUUAUGAUUCUUUCUCAGGUGAAAAGACUGACAGCUUAUCAGAUGGUGCUAGAAGGGAUCGCUUCAUGCCAGAGUUGUGUGUAAUAUGCCUCGUGCAAGAAUAUAAUACUGUUUUUGUUCCGUGUGGGCAUAUGUGCUGCUGUACAGAAUGCUCUUCGCACGUAACCAGUUGUCCUCUAUGCCGGCGGCAGAUAGAGAAGGUAGUGAAGACUUUCCGUCAUUGAUCAUCGAGCAUACGCGGAAGCCCAACUUAGUAAAGCUACAUGGAAUAAGGAACCAUGCCUUAAGAAUCCAAAAGUAACAAUUUGGUCAAUGGUGAUUAUAUGAUUUGUGGACCUUUUCAUCAUCAUUUUCACAGGCUUUGCCUAUGAGCAAUCCUGAAAGCAUUUCUGAAACCAACAGCUUAAAACAAAAACAAUCAUGACGGUGAUUUACUGAUUGAUGCUUUUGGAAUCUAAAAUUGUAAAUAUUCGUUAUCAGAAAAAAGUUGUACGUUACUAUAAUCUGUUGUAAAGUGCUACUUUCUUGUUAGAUCUUUUCUACUUUUUUGUUGACUGUUCCAAUAUAUGAUAUGACU